AUGGCUCAUCGAAGUCAACCGCGUGUGCUGCGAGCAUGCGACCCAUGCGCUCACUCUAAACAACGUUGUGACGGUGAGCGACCGUGUCAUCGAUGCGCAGAGCGCAGUGUGUCUUGCCAUUACACCAAGGUUGUCCGGAAACGUGGCCGUCGCCCCCGGUCAGAUUCAAGUCGAAACCUACGACGGGAUGAAACAUCCUUAUCUGGAUGCGGCUCACCACAGAAUUUGGCUGCAACUCCUCCAUAUACAAUGGUCUCGAGUAAUACGCCACUACCAGACGGCUCUCAUGGCAUGUCACCACCUGCAGGCCAUAUCCUUGGAAUGGAAGCCAGUAGAAAAGGCGUGACACAUGUCACGAAUCCAACCGCCACAGCAACAUUUGGGACCAGGAUCACCAAUCCACCCUUCCCCGCUCAAAACGACGUUUUGGAAGGGUAUUUUCAGAACACACUGAACAGCGCACGAACAGAUGCAAUCCAGACGGCCCUGACUCCUGAUCGAUAUUCCCUAGAACACCAACCCGCCUUGCCCAGCCUGCCAGAAGCCAUUUUUAGUGUCUCGGACGCUUUUGCCGACGAUGUUUCAAUGAGGCAGCCAUACCCCUGCCUUGAGACGCUGGUCCCUUCUCUGUAUGGCAUUCUCUCUGCCGAAGAUGCUUCUGAAAUGCUAGAGAUUUAUUUCAACCAAGAGGAUAAAUCCUUAUUCAAAUCCGCGUCCCCAUAUAUGCUAGCGCAUGUUUUACAUCCAUCAUACGUCCUGCACCCUACAGAUCCCCGACCAACCUCUCCCGCCUUGCUCACAGUUAUUCUUUACUGUGUCACACAGACUGCUGACCUGAAGAUUUUCGACACUCCGGGGGCGCGUGAACGAAUGAGUGUGGAUCUUUACCGUCUGUCAUUGGACUUAUUGCAGGCUGAAGACCCAGACAAUUAUUUUCGCACAUCAGAUGGGUGGCAAUUCCAUUCACACCCUAGCGGCAACUCCCCAACGCAAUCUCACUCAGCUCCGGAUCGGCAGACGACAAGCAAAGCAAUAUUACCACGACAACUCGGAUCAACGGAUAUUAUUCUUGCCGUUGCUAUACUGACCGUUGUCAUAUCUGGCGGAAAUUAUAAAGCUGACACCCUCAAGUGGCACGAUAAGUUAAUGCGGCUUGUUCGAGCCAGUGGGCUCAGUGUGGAAGAUCAGGACAUUGACCUGGGUCCUGUAUUUCGCGGGCUUUACAACGGCGACUCCACAUUCCGGAGAUGGCUUGUCAGCAAAGAAGAGAGACGUCGUCUAUUUUGGCUUAUCUACUGCUUAGAUCGACAUUUAGCUCUAUCCUUCAACAUGCGACUGAGUCUUCCCGAGGGUACCUUCUGUGUGCGGACCCCGUUGCCCGAGGGAUUAUGGCAGUCACUCGAUACGGCAGAUCUGAAUAGUAUCCAUGCCUGUCCAUUAGGCCCCCCAACACAAAUCUCUGGAACUGGCUUUUUUGAAUAUUUCUUACCACUGGCUAGGGUACUAGGGCAUAUCAUCGACUUGCAUCAUCUCCGCGGCCAUCCCACUCUUGGGCAGUUUAUUUCUCUUGAUGCAAUUCGCCGAAUCGAGGUCAUGAUUUCCCAACGUGAACAAGAGCUUCUCGACUUGGAAGGCCAGACCGGUCCCUUUUGCUCCAAUCAUGCAACCGACCCUCUAUUUGCUCAACAACCUAGUGAAGGCUCGUCCGGCGGCGUGGAGUCCUUCGGUUCGCCGUCACAUGCUGCAAACAAGGACCCCAACCUGCCGUUGGUAAAAAUCUACAGCACCUAUUUAUUACACGUCUUUUAUAUCCUGCUGCGCGGUAAAUGGGACCCGAUCUCGAUGAUGGAAGAUAACGACGAUUGGAUUACGUCGGAAAACUUCUUGAUAUGUGCCUCGCAUGCCCUUAGUGCGACCAGUAUGGUCUCCCAAAUCCUCUCUAUGGACCCGGAGAUGACCUUUAUGCCUUACCUAUUCGGCAUCUAUCUUCUCCAGGGAAGUUUAUUCUCAUUCUUUUCAUGGAUCGAAUGCCAGAGCUUGGUCCAAAUCGAUCAGUCGAGGAAGUGUGUGAGACUAUUAUUCGCGCGCAUGAGGUGA